GUAGUGUUAGAAUUUAAAAAAGCAAAGAAGAAGAACAUCUGUCGCCUCUUAAAUUUGAGCCUACCCGAUUACCGUACUUCCAAAUGUUGCCACGGCAGUAAGAAAACAGAGCAGCCUCCGGACAGCUGAGCGUCGCGGUGUGUGGGGAGCGAGCGAGUUUGCUAACGACGUCGUCAUAACGAGACGUGCUGAUCGAGGUGGUUUGUCUGUGUCGAAGAAACAUCCCCAACGCAGCGACGAUGAACGUGGCUAAAAGUGGAUACCGGGUGUUUUCCGCCAAUUCCUCCGCAGCGUGUACAGAACUGGCCAAGAGGAUAACGGAGCGCUUGGGAGUAGAGCUGGGCAAGUCUGUCGUGUUUCAGGAGUCCAACAGAGAAACAAGAGUGGACGUGAAAGAGUCUGUUCGUGGGCAAACCAUAUUCAUCAUUCAGACCAUACCAAGGGACGUCAACACAGCUAUCAUGGAGCUGCUGGUCAUGGCCUACGCCCUCAAGACCUCGUGUGCAAAGAACAUCAUCGGAGUCAUUCCCUACUUCCCCUACAGCAAGCAGUGCAAGAUGAGGAAGCGAGGCUCCAUCGUCAGCAAGCUGCUGGCGUCCAUGCUCGCUAAAGCAGGGCUCACCCAUAUCAUCACCAUGGACCUGCAUCAGAAGGAGAUCCAGGGCUUCUUCAGCUUCCCGGUGGACAACCUUCGCGCCUCCCCGUUCUUAAUCCAGUACAUUCAGGAGGAGAUUCCAGAUUACCGAAACGCCAUCAUUGUAGCAAAGUCGCCUUCGGCUGCCAAAAGGGCCCAGUCCUACGCCGAGCGCUUGCGUCUGGGUCUGGCCGUGAUUCACGGCGAAGCUCAGUGCUCGGAGUCGGACAUGGCCGACGGACGUCACUCGCCGCCCUGCGUGCGAAACACAACGGGACACACGGGACUGGAGCUGCCUGCAGGCAAACAGCAAGCUCCGUUCCCCGGCAUAGAGCUACCAAUGAUGAUGGCCAAGGAGAAGCCUCCCAUUACCGUGGUGGGAGAUGUGGGCGGGAGGAUCGCCAUCAUUGUGGAUGACAUCGUCGAUGAUGUGGGGGACUUUGUCGCAGCUGCUGAGCUCCUCAAAGAGCGAGGAGCCUACAAGAUCUACGUCAUGGCCACGCAUGGACUGCUGUCGGCCGACGCCCCGCGCCUCAUCGAGGAGUCGGCCAUCGACGAGGUGGUGGUCACCAACACGGUUCCACACGAGGUGCAGAAGCUCCAGUGUCCUAAAAUCAAGACGGUGGACGUCAGCAUGAUCCUGGCCGAGGCCAUCCGCCGCAUCCACAACGGAGAAUCCAUGGCUUACUUGUUCCGCAACAUCACGGUGGACGACUGAUCGCGCUCCUCCCGCCUCAGGACGGCAGCUGCUUGCUUUUUGAAAAUGCCCUUUGCACGCCCCGACCACCCGGACUAGUUUGGAGAGACCCCUCGCCAUGCGCUGGAACCUCCUGCUUCCUCCUCCUGCACCUCCCUGGUCAUGUGGGUGGCAGCUCAGAUGAGCCGCUGGCCUCUGAUUGGCUGAUCUUCUUGGAGGUUGAGGUGACAUUUGGUUUGGUGUGUGACAUGGUUGUGUACAUCGCUAUUGUUCUCUGUUAAGUAAGCAAAAUAGCCAGCGUGAAAGUGUAGCAGGAGUGACAGAUCCAAGUGUGUGAGUGUGUCUGCUCAGGCCAAGGUCCUGUUGAAGCCACGUCUUCCUGACGGUGGCGACUCCCACUGCACUGUCCUCACCACCAUGCUGGAUGUCUGUGGCACAGAGUGACAUGCAAAAUGCUGAGUGCGAGUGCAGCCGUGCGUCCGUCCAUCCGUCUGUCUGUCUGUCGCUGUGUGUUCCAAAAUAAAACUGUCUGCUCCGACUGUGUCUGGCCUUCACUGCUGUUGUCUACAGAAGAGGCCUGGCUCAGCUCGGAAGGCCGAGGAAAGGGUGGUGAGGCGGCGAUCCCACCUCGCUCAAGUUGGAUUUUACCAUGUACCAAACACCGUGUGCACCACGACACAUCACUUAAAGGAAAAACAUGUUUCAUAUAUUUGGCAGAACAGAUCAACAAGUGAAUGCGUGGCUGCUCACUUGCCUGGACAGAAGAACCCACCC